UGGCCCAAAGCUUGACGAAUGCAGUUGUCUGAGGCUCUAUAAAUAGGACAGCUGAUCGGGCAGACACUUCAUUCGCAUAUCCAUUUACCGACCAGAAACGAAGAAUGAACGUGCUCAGGUCCAUUAUUCUGCUGGGCUUUUUGGCUAUCUGUCUGGUGCCGAGGCAAGCCACAGCACAGGCCAAGCUCAACGAUCAAUGGAGCAAGCUGAGCAAGUGCGCCCAGGUGGGCGUCGAGACGGUGGCAAAGUUGAUCACCAAUAUCAUUCCAGCGGUCUACGAGAUGCAGAUAUGCUCCUUCUACACGGCUCUACCCCCGAAGGAUGGCAAGCGAAAAACGGGAAUUUGGUACUUGAAGAACAUUUAUCGAUUCAUCAAGCGGCUCGUCUUGGAGAGGCCAAAGUGCCUGAGGCUGUUGGUCACCCAGGCAACGGAUCUGAUCAGACCAUAUUCCGAACAAAUCGAGCAGCUGGAAUGCCUGGAAGAGAAAGAUUAUAUCUUCUAGAAGGGAUAUACGAAUGUAUAUAAUUGCAAUAAAUCGAGAGCAUAUUUCCA